UUCCGCCGCUCCGACGCGAACCAGGAUGUUCUACUUCCACUGUCCGCCUCAGCUGGACGGAGAGUGCUGCCGCUCCAACACCUUGAAUACAAGCGGAUUUGGCAACCACGCCCCGGCUGACUUUGAUGAUGGAUUUCUUCGCAGGAAACAGCGCAGAAACAGAACCACGUUCACACUGCAACAGCUGGAGGCUCUGGAGGCGGUCUUCGCCCAGACUCACUACCCGGACGUGUUCACGCGCGAGGAGCUGGCCAUGAAGAUCAACCUGACCGAGGCCCGCGUGCAGGUUUGGUUUCAGAACCGCAGAGCAAAGUGGAGGAAGACGGAGCGAGGAAGCUCAGACCCUGACGGAGGGAAGGAGAUGAGCGAAGGCACGCCUCCGUCCCGCAGCAUCAACUCUCAGUCCCCGGUGGAUCAGGCCAGGAAGCAGAAGGAACCUCUGGAGAUGCAACAAAGUAUCAACAGGACCGUGGGUCCUGGUGGUCCGUUCUUUCCCUCCUGUAUACCAGGCACUCUCCUCAAUUCUGCCACCUAUGCCCAGGCGCUCUCACAGGUCGCCACGCUCAAAGGUAACGGUUUAUGCUCCUGCUGUGUUUCUGACCCCAUGGGCCUGUCCUUCCUGCCACCCUACGGUUGUCAGGGCAACCGCACCGCCAGCGUGGCCGCCCUGCGCAUGAAGGCCAGGGAGCACUCGGAGGCCGUGCUGCAGUCCGCCAACCUGCUCGGCGCGGCGGCCGGACCCGGCGCCGGCGUGGGGGUCCUUUCCGGAGUGGGCGUGAGCGCGGCCGGGGUGGUGAGGCCCGCCGUCGGCCCCGCCAUCGACGUGCCCGGCGCCGUCGUCAGAGGAGCGGACAGCUCCAGUCCCAGCCCCACCGCCAAGGUCCCCGUCCUGGGCGGCGGCUCCGACAAACAUCCUCACUGCACCAAGGAGGCGCUGGAGAAAAAAUGAGGCACUGGACACAAACAAGGAUGUACUGAUUCUCUAAAUCUGUGUGAUCGUGCCUGUUACUCCUCCUCUACUCUCCUCCGGUCUGACGACCGACCAAGCACAACGACUGGAAAACGACUCCAACAAACGGACUGGAACAAACUUUUCUGCUAUCACAAUUUAUGGAUGCAAACAUUAAGAUAUUUAUUUGACAGUAAAUUAUCAUUGUGAGAGAUGCCGGUGAUCUGGGGCCUCGUCACCCCGAAAAAAGCACAACUGUGGUUUUGGAUCUAUAUCUGUCUUCAUGCACUCUUGGACUCUGUUUGAAGGAGUAAAAUAGAUACAACGCGUGUGCAACAAAGAAAUGUUAGAUAAUGUGAAUUUAAAUAUUACAUCUCCUCUGUGUUUGAUUAAGAGGACGGAUGCUUACAUUGUGAAUGUUCCUGCAUGUAAACUGUGUGUGUAGAGCUCGUGCCAGGACAGCGAGGGCUUUUUGCAGCAUUUUUGGCAAUAUGACUGACACUGACGCCAUCCGUCCAAACAGUCGUCUCUCAUUCUUUUGAUUUUAAAGUGAAAGUGCACUUUAAUAAUAUUAAUCAGCCAUUUCAUUUGUGUGUGUGUGUGUGUGUGUGU